AUGGAAAUGUCACCCAAACUCUACCAAUUAAUGGAACAAGCAGAAGAAUUAGAAUUACAAAUAAUCAACGAAUCAAGCGUUAACUUGGCAGAUGACUCCUUACAUAUAAAUACACUAUUUUUGGGUGUUAGAAAAUAUUAUUCUCAAUGGAUCAAUUUAUUUGAAUUUCAUGAUAUGUUUAUUGGAUCCUAUAUUGGCUACAGUAAUGGUCAAGAACUGAAAAUAUUUGUUUUGGUUAAUGAACUAAAUCAUUUAGCGAAACAGCUAAAAGAACAAAUGGAAAAAGACGAUGGAUUAUCAGUUGAAUUGAAGGACGAUAAGUUGUUUCCUGCUGCCACGUUGGAUUAUCCAACAUCACCGGCCUAUUCGCAUGAUUCAUACCAAUCCAUUCUCGAUGUUAAAAAGCGUGUGAACUUCAGAAGACCAUGUGCUUUUAAACAUUUUGUCCUAGAAUUUCCAACUGAUGUUUGUAAUGGUGGUGUCCAAUUGUGUGGUAAACCCAACGUCAAAUGUGGUUCGAGUAUUAACAGACUAUGUGAAGAUGAAAAUAUUGGUGGUGGAACACUUGGUUGUUUCGUUGAAAAAGAAAAUGGUGAUGUUUGUUUGCUUAGUAAUGAACAUGUUCUGGCAUUUGGAAGUACAGGUAGUUUUAGCGAACAAAUAAUUUAUCCGUCACCAGAAGAUUUACACGAGUACCCCCAACCUAAAUCAAUUGUUAUUGGAAAUUAUCUAGAAGGGAAACGUGAUAAUGUUACUGUGGGAGAUUGUCAAGUUGGUAUUGAUGCUGCAAUAGCAAAGCUUUUGCCGGAUUUAAUUGAACCGUCCAAUGAAUUAGAAUUAAACUUAGAUUACUGGAGAAAACGUGUGCCCCACAAAUUUAUUCCUUCACCGUUACCAUUUUUAAAACCUAUAAAUUUUUAUACAGAUGAUGAUUUGACACAGUUACAUAAACAUGGAGAUGUUAUCAGGGUGUUCAAAGUUGGUAAACAAUCAAAUGUAACAAGUGGAAAAUUGCACACAACUGGGGAUAUCAUGUCUGGAGAUGUAUACCAGCAUAUACUUAAAUAUCAAAAUAGAUCAAAGUGUAGAUAUUGUCCAAUCACAUUUCAAUUAUUUGACGAUCCCCUACUAGCUGCAGAUGGUCACACGUACGAACGUAAAGCAAUCGUUGAAUGGAUAAAACUUAAAGGAGCUAGCCCUAUAAAUCGUGAACGCAUUAAAUUAAAAGAUUUACGUAGUAAUCUCAUCGUAAAAGAGCUCGUGGACGAAUAUCGUAGUAGUUUACCGUAUCUCUCCACAGAAGAUACAAGAGAUCCAUCGAUGAUCAGUGAUAGUGGCAAUCAUACUCUAACAACAUUAUCUGGUACAACGGAUUCCCAUCAGAGAAGCAAACCACAGCGUUUCGCAUGUUGGCCUUUCCACAUUGGAUAUUAUAUCGAGAAAAUCACCAGCGUUUCUAACAAUCGUUGUGAUUUAGCGCAGCCAACUCAAAACUAA